AUUGCAAUCCUGGGACCUCCCCCAUUUGAAUUCCGUAAACGAAGCAAGGUCUGUGCUGUAUUUUGGGACGACAAUGGCAGAUGGAAAGACCUUGCACCAAUUCCGGAUAUUACCCUCGAAAGCCUAGCGGCCGACAUCCAGGGAGAAGACAAGGAAGGAUUCUUGCAGUUCCUUCGAAAGGCACUGAAGUGGAUUCCUGAAGAUAGGCUAACGGCUAGAGAGUUGCUGUUCGAUGCAUGGCUGAUGAAGGGGCUUGAUCUCCAAAAUCCAUUCAUCAAACAUUUGAAGUCAAGGGUGAUAAACGCGCCGCGUCACAGUUCCAUCUGUUUACUCCUCUCUACAUCGUUGAAAACAACCUCUGGUUUCGACCGAGUUCUUGCUACCGUCAGAGGGCUUAUUUCAUUGCCUCUAGUAUCCUCGGUUAGGUCUUUACCCAUUCAAAAUCAAUAUCCACAAACUCUACAAGGCGCUGCAAGGCUUGAGGCCGCCAACACAACCUCAUACUACUUCAUUGUCAUGUCCCUGACAGAAGCUAAUAAGGCAGUAUGGCAACUGAGGUGGUGCAAGCAGGAUAGACAGGUAAACGGCGUGUCUCGGAGCCCUGCAGGUCAUGAUGAAGCCAAUCAUGAUCAAGGAAUGGGUGACUUGUCAACUAGUAUCAAGAGGUUUUCGGAUCUAACUAUCUACACGGAGGAUCAAGAAUUUAAAGUGCAUAGACUGGUGGUCUGCGGAAGGUCGGAGUACUUUUCUCGGCUGUUCAACGGAAACUGGGCGGAAACGGCUGAGAAUGUUGUACAACUCAAGGAUGAUGACCCACGUGCUGUUGAGGCAAUGGUUCACUUCAUGUAUGGAUACGAAUAUGACAGCAGCGGUAGCGACCGUGGCCGUAUUUCUCCCAUACUGUUCAAUGUCAAGGUGUAUCAACUUGCCGACAAGUAUGGUGUUCCACAACUAAAACAGCGAGCAAAAGAGAAGUUCGAAAACAUCGCUAAGACAUGCUGGCAAAUGGAUGAUUUUCCCACAGCCAUUGCAGAGGCAUAUACAUGCACCCCGAAGGAAGAUCGAGGUCUUCGAGAUACUCUCGUGGAGAUCUCCUGUGAGCAUAUUGAUGAAUUGCAGAAGAACGAUGAUUUUCAAACUGUCCUUGAGGAGGCUGUGGGCUUCGCCGCUGAUCUUGUCCAGUAUCUGGCUCGGUGGAAGCCCCCAAAUUCGAACCUCAUGAAAUACCGCUGUCCCAACUGUUCUGCACAGUGGCUGUUAGAGCGCUGUACGGGCGAUGUGAUGUACCACUGCCCAUUCUGUGGCAAUCAUCGGUCCAACUGGAACUCAUAUGUCAUCCAGAAAUAA